CCCGCCGUAUCUCUGCGCGCCAAGCUCCCCCGUCCUUUCGCUGAGUGGAGUUGCGCUUUAGAUUGCCUGGGCCAUCGACCGCUAUCCGCACAUUAGCCUGCGGGCAUCGACGAGAAUCUACAAACAGACAGCCCACCGCGAAAGGCCUUUGUCACCCUUUUCUGACCUUUGGUGUGCUUUGCGUCUUUCGUUUCUCUGUUUGCCGCUCUUUUUUCCCCAGAGCUUUUGUGCAAGCAAGCAUUCGGAAUCGCCCUCACUUCUUCACAACCACAAAGCCACAACGACAGCGGAUUCAGGCCCAAGUCGCCAGCCCGACCAUCAUGUCUCGGUCGAACGCCCCCAAUGCGUCAGCGUCGCGCAAGAUCUCGUUCAAUGUCAGCGAGCAGUAUGACAUUCAGGACGUUGUCGGCGAAGGAGCCUACGGCGUUGUUUGCUCUGCAAUUCACAAGCCGUCAGGACAGAAGGUUGCCAUCAAGAAAAUCACCCCCUUCGACCACUCCAUGUUCUGUCUGAGAACCCUGCGAGAGAUGAAGCUGCUGCGCUAUUUCAACCACGAAAACAUCAUCUCCAUCCUUGACAUCCAGAAGCCUCGAAGCUAUGACAGCUUUAACGAGGUCUACCUCAUUCAGGAACUCAUGGAGACAGAUAUGCACAGAGUUAUCCGUACCCAGGACCUAUCCGACGACCACUGCCAGUACUUUAUUUACCAGACGCUGCGUGCUCUCAAGGCCAUGCACUCGGCCAACGUUCUUCACCGAGAUCUCAAGCCCUCCAACCUACUGUUAAAUGCCAACUGUGAUCUGAAAGUCUGCGAUUUCGGUCUGGCCAGAUCUGCCGCCUCUCAGGAAGAUAACUCGGGUUUCAUGACGGAAUAUGUCGCCACGCGAUGGUACCGCGCACCCGAGAUUAUGUUGACCUUUAAGGAGUACACCAAGGCUAUUGAUGUUUGGUCUGUUGGCUGCAUCCUGGCUGAGAUGCUCAGCGGCAAGCCUCUGUUCCCUGGCAAAGAUUACCACCACCAGCUGACUCUGAUUCUGGAUGUGCUCGGUACACCAACCAUGGAGGACUACUACGGCAUCAAGUCUCGACGAGCACGAGAGUACAUCCGCUCUCUGCCUUUCAAGAAGAAGGUGCCAUUCCGCACCCUGUUCCCCAAGACGUCUGAUCUGGCACUCGACCUCCUGGAGAAGCUGCUUGCAUUCAACCCCGUGAAGCGAAUCACGGUGGAGGAUGCCCUCAAGCACCCAUACCUGGAGCCUUACCACGACCCUGAUGACGAGCCCACUGCGCCCCCGAUCCCGGAGGAAUUUUUCGAUUUCGACAAGCACAAAGAUACCUUGAGCAAGGAGCAACUGAAGCAGCUGAUUUACCAAGAGAUUAUGCGGUAAAACAAGAAACAAAAUAAUAGGGAACUGAUGAAGCAUAUGGUUGAAAGAUGUUGCCGAGAUGGGUUAAGAAACUGAAUUAAAGCGGAAGCAUUUUUUGGAGGAUAUAGAGCAAUGAGGCUGGCAAAGAAAGGAAAUAUAUAUCUUGGCUAAGCCAAGAAAGUGGAGGAAUGGGACGAGAUAUGAAAUGAAUAAAUACACUGGCUUCGGGUGCCUCUACUUUUUUCUUGUUUUUCUGUUUUAGUAUAAGUAUAUAUAUAUGUGGCCUACGUAUUCUGGUUCAAUACAUGCAUGCAGUCAAUAUUGCCUC